AUGUCCGACCGCGAGCCAGAACAGGCAGAGGCCUCCGGUUCGAGACCACGAACGCCCCCGCCAUCCUCGCCAGUCCAAAUCGACAUCGCCAGACUCGAGAACGAUCUAAUACCAUCUCCGCCCGCAAGUGCCACUCAAAGAUUUGGCGGUACCUCAGCUCCUUCAUCCAGCGUCAGCAAUGUCGACGGAUCAGCCCGCGUGUACCGCUUCCCGAAUGACCUGCCGCCCCGCUUUGAAGGAUCGCCGACGAACCCGGAUCCCAACGAGCGCGUGGUCACAGUCCGUGACCUCCGAACAAAGUCUUGCUGGAUCUGCUCCGAAGACGACGAGGACCCUCUCCCCUCUUCCUCACAGUCGUCAUCAUCCUCUGCCGCAUCUUCAAGGCCAAAGCGAUUCGUCCACCCGUGCAAGUGUACACUCGUAGCACACGAAAGCUGCCUCCUCCGCUGGAUCGACCAGAGCAAACGCAAUCAUCCCCUUCAGGACCAUGUCACGUGUCCGCAGUGCAAAGCCCCUUACAUUCUCAUCAACAACAAGACGCCUUUGCUCAAGGUCUUCGAGUUCUUCGACAAGAUCGUCACGCGGGUCGAGCCGUACGGCGCCGUCGCUGUGGUGGGAGGAUCGGUGCUGAUCGCAUGCACGACGUACGGAUGCGUAGCGAUCCGCAUGUUCCUAGGCAAGGAUGCUGCUAGCAGGGCAUUGGCAUCUCCCUGGCCGUGGCACUACUGGAUCGACAUCCCGCUCAUUCCCUUCGCGUUGAUCGCAUCUCGGCUCAACGUCUUUGAAAGCGCAAUGACGUGGGUACCGACACUGGUCGCCUUUCCGAUCACCAGUAUUCCCAUGGUCACAGCGACUGCGGCGCACGGUCGGCUGUUCGAGCGCUACGUCGAGUCGAGCGCCUUCAAUGCUCGUGCGUAUCCGCCGGGCCCCGCGCUGACAGCGCUCCUCAUCCCUUGGAUCCGCGCGUUCUACCUUGCGCUCAAACGCAGAGUCUACCGCACGGUGCUCAAGCCCUUCUACUCGGGUCAACGGUCAGAUGGCUCGACUCGAAGCACUGGCACUCGACGCAAUAGACGCAGAGUCAUUAUUGUCGGCGAUCCCGACAGCUACUUGGUCGACGGUGAUGCACCUCUGGGCGCGCAGCCCAUGCCGGACGGCAUCGGUGGACCAGUGGCCCAGGUGCGGGAUGACCGCGCAACGGACGACGACAGUCCAACUCAAACGGUCUACGUAACGCACCACUCAUUCGCUCGUCUCUGCCUGGGCGCCCUCAGUCUGCCAUUCGUGGCCAAUCUCAUGGGUCGCGUUCUAGCCCGUCUGGCACGCCUCUCGCCUCUCCUCGCCCGCUUCUUGGGCAUGAGAAACGUCGUACCCGCCACAUCCAUCCUCUCGUCCUUCUACACGACCAAAGCCACGCCCACCUCUUCCGACGCAACGCCGUCUCCCAUCGCAUCGCUCUUCCGCGGCCAACUGCCGCUGUUCGACCGUCAACCUCCGAGCUACGAGGAGGACACCUUCGCCGACCGCCUCACACUGCUCGGCUCCUCGACGAGGUACGACGACCUCGACCCCGUGUGGUUCCGCAACGCCGUCGGCGCUGGACUGUAUAUUCUCGUCAAGGAUGCGGGGAGUCUGCUCUAUCGCUAUUUGCGAUUGAGUCAGCGGGAUAGGACAACGAUUAAGGAUCUUCCGUUUCAGAGCGGACUCGUGUCAGGUCUCGAUCUGCGCGAUUGA